UCUGAAUGCCCGCUGCACUGCGUGGCGCGAAAAGUUGGUAGUUGGAUUCUCAGAGCAACGGCGAACAACACAAAUUACUGGAAACUUUCGUCAAAAAACUGAAUCAGAAUACAAAGUUAUUACACAAUGGCGACCGACGUCGUUGAUGAUCAGGAGAUGAGAGAGGCUCAGAGAGAUUAUCUGGACUUCCUGGACGACGAUCAAGACCAAGGCGUGUACCAGAGCAAGGUCCGCGACAUGAUCAGCGAGAACAACUGCCGCCUCAUUGUCAACAUCAACGACCUGAGACGCCGGAACGAAGCCAGGGCAGCCAGGUUAAUGAACAAUGCGUUCGAGGAGCUGAUAGCGUUCCAGCUUGCGCUGAAGGAUUUGGUGGCCUCAGUCGAUGCCACCUAUGCCAAGCAGUACGAGGAGUUCUUUGUGGGUCUGGAGGGCAGCUUUGGCAACAAACAUGUCACUCCCCGCACCCUCACUGCUCGCCUGUUGGGCAGCUUGGUGUGUGUGGAAGGCAUCAUCACCAAGUGCUCUCUGGUGCGUCCCAAGGUGGUUCGUAGCGUCCACUACUGUCCAGCAACGAAGAAGACCAUAGAGCGCAAAUACUCUGAUUUGACCUCCCUGGACGCCUUCCCCUCCAGUGCCAUCUACCCCACCAAGGACGAGGAGAACAACCCCCUGGAGACAGAGUUCGGCCUGUCCAUCUACAAGGACCACCAGACGGUGACCGUGCAGGAGAUGCCAGAGAAGGCCCCUGCAGGCCAGCUGCCUCGCUCGCUGGACAUCAUCCUGGACAACGACCUGGUGGAUGUGGCCAAGCCCGGGGACCGGGUGCAGGUGGUGGGCACCUACCGCUGCCUGCCCAGCAAAAAGGGGGGGUACACUUCUGGCACCUUCAGGACCAUAAUGAUAGCCUGUCAGGUGAAGCAGAUGUGUAAGGAAGUGUCUCCCUUCUUCUCUGCUGACGACGUGUCCAAGAUCAAGAACUUCAGCAAAUCACGGUCCAAGGACGUGUUUGACCAACUGGCUCGGUCCCUGGCCCCCAGUAUCCAUGGUCACGAGUACAUCAAGAAGGCCAUUCUGUGCAUGCUGCUGGGAGGGGUGGAGAAGGUUCUGGAGAACGGCUCCCGCAUCCGUGGAGACAUCAACAUCCUGCUCAUAGGUGAUCCGUCGGUGGCUAAGUCCCAGCUGCUGCGCUACGUGCUGCAGACGGCCCCCAGGGCCAUCGCCACCACCGGCAGGGGCUCCUCCGGGGUCGGCCUUACCGCCGCCGUCACCACCGACCAGGAGACCGGCGAGCGUCGCUUGGAAGCGGGGGCGAUGGUGCUGGCGGACAGGGGCGUGGUCUGUAUCGACGAGUUCGACAAGAUGUCGGACAUGGACCGCACGGCCAUCCACGAGGUGAUGGAGCAGGGCCGCGUCACCAUCGCCAAGGCGGGCAUACACGCCAGGCUGAACGCCCGCUGCAGCGUGCUGGCCGCCGCCAACCCCGUCUACGGCCGGUAUGACCAGUACAAGACUCCCAUGGAGAACAUCGGUCUGCAGGACUCUCUGCUGUCUCGCUUCGACCUGCUCUUCAUCGUGCUGGACCAGAUGGACCCGGAGCAGGACCGGCAGAUCUCUGACCACGUGCUGCGUAUGCACCGCUACAGAGACCCACGGGAGCAGGAGGGUGCCGCCAUGGCCAUGGGCGGGGCUGUAGACAUCCUGGCUACUGAUGACCCUGAUGCUGUGCAGGCGGAGCAGGAGGAGAUGCAGGUGUACGAGAAACACAACAACCUGCUGCACGGGAGCCGGAGACACAGGGACAAGGUGGUCAGUAAGGAGUUUAUGAGGAAGUACAUCCACAUCGCCAAGGUGUUGACCCCCGUGCUGACUCAGGACGCAGCCAAUCACAUCGCAGAGGAAUACACCAGGCUGAGGAGUCAGGAACAGAUGGGCCUAGACAUCGCCAGGACCUCCCCUGUGACCGCCCGUACCCUGGAGACCCUGAUCCGUCUGUCGACCGCACACGCCAAGGCCCGCAUGAGCAAGACCGUGGAGCUGGUGGACUCGGAGGUGGCCGUGGAGCUCGUCCAGUUCGCCUACUUCAAAAAGGUUCUGGAGAAGGAAAAGAAGCGCUCCAGACAGGAAGGAGAUUCUGGGUCAGAGGAGGAAGAGGAGGAGUCUGCCUCUCAACCCACGCCACGCUCGCAGAAGAAGAGGAGUCGGCGUGCGUCUCAGAGCAGUGAACCUUACGACCCGUACGACUUCUCAGGAGAGAAGAACAUCCCUGAGAUUCAGACCGGCACCCCCAAACCCAGCGAGACACAGGAAGAGGCGGGGCCUAUGGAGGACGUGGUGCCGCCCAGCCAGGAAGGACAGACAGCUGUCUCUGUUGAGAGGCUGAAGGAGUUCAAGUCCUCCCUUCUUGAGGUGUUCCGUACUGCACAUGCUCAGUCUGUGGGCAAGCAGAGCCUGAUGUCCAGCAUGAACAAGGAUCGUCAGAACCCCUUCACCACGGACGAGGUCCGCGCCGCGCUCGCACGCAUGCAGGACGACAACCAGGUCAUGGUGGCCAACGACAUAAUCUUCCUCAUCUGAGAACGCCAUCCUCCUCGAAUGUCGAGCGGGCUCCUGGGAGAUCGACAAGAAGGCUGAGGUGUCUCCCGGUUUGAGACGGUGAGAAGGGUGAAGAAGACUUUGAAGGGAGGACUGAUGAAUUUUCACUUGGAUUUAUUGUUUUUAUUUGUCAGUUGAAAUUGUGUCUGUUUGUGUUGCUGUUGAAGUCGAGAUGAUUGGGGUAUGACUCAUGUACAACCUGAAUCAAAGCGUUGCAAUAUAUACCAAUGUUUUAUUAGUUUUUAAUGUUAUGAAGCAUUUUUUAUGGUAAAGAAGACAUUGUCAUGUGUAAAUAUUACGUUUUGUAAAAGAAA